CUGCGCCUUCAAACAAAUUUGAGCUGUGACAAUACAAAUGAAGACGGAUGCAUACGGAUGUGUGUUUCAUGCGCGCGCUGGGCAGUGCUCUUUCUGUCUGACUAGUUUAGUUAACUAGCUAGCUGAGAUUAGGCUCAGUAAACUGCGGAAAUAGCUGACACGCUUGCUAGAAAAUAGACUAGCUGUUGUUGCUAGCAAAAUAGGUAUCCAAAUAAGACAAGAAAAUAAAUAAAAACGACGAGUUUUGUGAACGUAUAGUCCACGCUAGCUUUUUGCAUUUACCUUGCGUUAUCAAAUACGUCGUCCUCCUACGAGGACGAUUCAGGAAAGUCCCCGGAUGAACACCGAUAAAAGGCCGCAAAGCGGGGAAACCAUGUUUAGACAAAGCUAAUGGUGGUCAAAUAGCUGGCUAAUCAAUAUAUAAAAUUCAUAGAUUUCUAUGAACACAAUCGCUAGUACUUCCCACGUAACAUAACUAUGUUUGGUUCAUCGAGAUCCGGAGGUGUGAGGGGAGGACAAGAUCAGUUCAACUGGGAUGAUGUUAAAGGCGAUAAACACAGGGAAAAUUACUUGGGCAACUCUCUCAUGGCCCCAGUGGGCCGAUGGCAGAAGGGUAAGGACCUAACUUGGUAUGCCAAAGACAAGCAGGGCAAAGCAUCACUAUCAAGAGAGGAGGAGCUGGCUGCUGUGCGGGAGGCGGAACAAGAGGCUUUGAUGGCUGCCUUAGGUCACAAGAAUUUGAAAAGACAACCAACUGGUCUGACCAAAGAGGACUUGGCGGAUGUGUACCGGAGGGAGGGGGCAGCGGAGGGCGAGGGCAGAGAUGUGGACCGCGUCUCUGGUCUCGGCAGCUCAGGUUUGGGAUCAAGAAGGGUGAUGAUGUCCAAGCAGGAGAAGGAAGCUGUAAAAAUGGGCUUGCCAGUCUUCACCCAUCACAAACCCGAAGGCCAUCAGGAAGAUUCUAGCAUCAAGACUUCAGACAAGAAGAACAAAGAAACUGAGGAACUAAGACACGAGAGCAAGAAAAAGAGCAAAAAGGAAAAGAAGAGCAAGAAGGAGAAGAAAAAGAAGAAGAAGAAAGAGAAGAAGCUUACGAAGCACUCGUCCUCCUCUUCGGAGUCGGAAUCAGAGGAUGAUCUGAGAAGGAGGAGAAAGGAUGACUCCCGCCACCACCGACAUCAUCAUCAGGAUCGCCAUCCAUCAUCGAGCCGGCAGACUGGAGCCAGGCUCGGUGACAGCCAUUCACCGGGCGGGGCAAAGGGCGAGCCCCGCCCCCGUCCCCGCUGCUCCCGCUCCCCCUCCCGGCGACGGCAGCGGCACGACACGGACCCUUCCUCGGACGGGGGGGGCUACGCUGGCCGCCGUCAGGCCCCCCCGUCCCCCCCGGCCGGCGGCCAUAAGCGGCGCCACGACACCGACUCCGACGACUGACCGGGCCCGCCCACCGCCGCGAGGGCGUCCAAUCGGCAUCGGUCCUCACAGCGCAAACGCGUGAGAGUUCAGCCGGCAGUCUGCAGCACAGCAUGCGGAUCCGGGCUCAGCAGUUGAAACUUAGUCCACUGGGAGGCGGCGACUCUCAUUGCUCUGGGUGCAUCGUGUCACCCAGUCACUGAUCCAGGAUCAGCCAACUCUACCUUAUUCUCUUUAGUUCCCAGCCCAGACUGACCCAGAGUCACUGCUUGGGUAAAUUAUUAACAAAGAUACAUGAUGAUGCAUAAUGGCCCGAGACAAAUGAAUUGGCUUGGGCCAUUAUGUGUCUACAAAGGACUUGACAGUUUGGUGGCACUGAGUGCCAUUUCCCUUCUUAGUUUAGAUCUUUUUUCUUUUUUUUAUGACCGAUUAAGCGUUAGGGUGAUUUGUUAUCUCUUUUUAGGAGUCUGGCCUCUAAAUGUUUGGUAUUUCAUCAAUAAAAGUGAGGAUUUUAAAACUUUUUAAACAAAAGCCAUGAAUAAGCAGCCAGCAUCCAGUGUGGUAAUAAUUUUACCUUACAUUCAUCACAUCUCAAAAUAAACUUGACAAGCUAAUGGAAAUAGAUCACUGGUGCAAUCAAAAUUUUGAAUCCAACUUUUCUAAAUUAGGUUAAAUAUUGUCUCUUUCAUGGGUUAUAACAACCACACCAGUAGCCAAAAAUCUGCAGCAGUCAAUAUUGUCAUCGUGUCACUAUUCCCACUUGGUUUUUCAUAUUAAAUAUAAAAUGCUGAA